AUGGUGAAGCCUACACGUGUGGAGCCUGCUGCUACAGUCAUCAGGAUGAAGACUUCUGCCAGAGUGACUCGCUUUGCCGUGCGUACAAAUGUUGAGGAUGAUGGUAACUGUGACUAUAGAUCCAUUGCUGCAUUAUUGGGGCAUUCCGCCGGUCAGGACGGUUGGCCUUGGGUUAGAGCUUCAUUGAUAGAAGAACUUGAGACCAAUGUGUUAAUGUAUAAUAAGAUGUGGGGCACAAAUGUUGUUUAUGGCUUACAUGAUCGACUCACUCUUCCUCUUGGUGACCCGGCCACCCGUGACAAAUGGUUUCAACUGCCAGAGAAGGGAUACCUUGUUGCCACAAAGUACCAAUUGGUCCUCAUAUCCUUAUCCUCUAUGGGUAGUAACACAUACUUUCCACUGAUAGGAGCCGGUCCACGAGAUGCGCAUACUGUUAUAGCUAUUGGACAUGUGACAAAUCACUGGCUCGAAUUAACUCCUGGACAUCCUAUGCCGACUAUUGCUCCCCAGUGGGAUUGGCAUGCUGAUCUUGCCUCCAAAUACUGGCGCAACCCAUAUGGUCCACGUUUGGACAUGUACGCUGCACAAUUCCAAGCUUGGCUUGGUGCUUUUAAUGGUCAUGCGGAAUAUGUGGACAUCACCACAGAUUGA